GAUAGUGAUGUGUUUUAGGUUAUGUUUUUAUUGUUAUUGGACGGAACGAUAUGUUUAUAAUUCUUGUGAAACAAGAAAAUAUUAAAUGAACUAUGGAUAAGAUUUCAUAAUUUAAUAGUUAAGUGUCAGAAAAUAAAUACCAUGAAAAAUUUACGUUAAAAUAAGCUCUUAAUCUCAGUCGAAGCUAGUAACUUACAAGAUAUACCUACUUAAUACAAAAGGUACUUAUAAUUAAGCACAUAAGUUAAGCACCAAAGUGAGAUAGAUAUUACUAAAGUGAAAAUGCUGUGAUAGAAGUGAUACAAGUACUUUAAGUGAUAAAAGUAAAGUGGACGGUAGUCAAGUAAAUAUGAGGACUGGUAGUGAGGAAAAUGACCCUGAGAGGGAGAAACUGAACCCCAAAGGAUGGCUCCAGUCACGGCCGAGCCAGCAGUUCAACGUCAUCCGAAGGGUGUACCAGCAGGAUGCGCUGAACAAGGAUGCCGACUACCAAGUCCCGACUAAACCACUGGGCUACCGAUGCAAGCGAGCCGUUCAAAGUUGCGGGUUCGGCGAGUGCCUCCUGAACUCCUUGCCCGUCGCAAGAUGGCUGCCGAGUUACAGCCCCAAGAAGUUCCUGAUUGGAGACCUGGUCGCGGGCGCCACCACCGCCGUCAUGCAUAUCCCACAAGGAAUGGCCUACGCCUUACUUGCCGAAGUGCCGCCGAUUGUCGGUCUGUACAUGGCGUUCUUCCCAGUGCUCAUCUACGUGAUAUUCGGAACCUCACCCCAUGUAUCCAUGGGGACCUUCGCAGUCGCGUGCCUUAUGGCUGGAAAGGUGGUGACCCAGCAUUCGACACACCCUGAUCUGAUAAAUGCAGUGAAUGGCACUACUACACAAAGUCCAUUUCUGUCAGUUGGAUACACACCGCUCCAAGUUCUAUGCGUACUCACUCUCACCGUGGGUCUGAUACAGGUGGUGAUGUGGGUGCUGCGGCUGGGCGCCGUGUCCACGCUACUGUCGGAGCCGCUGGUGUCGGGCUUCACCACGGCCGCCUCCUUCCACGUGCUGGCCUCCCAGCUCAAGGACCUCUUCGGCAUCCGGCUGCCCAAGCUGGGCUCUAACUACAAAGUUGUAUUUACAGUGAUAGAAGUAGUGAAGAACAUCCCCAACGCGAACUGGACGGCGUUCGGGAUAUCGGCCGUCGCGUGUCUCGUCAUUUCCUUGAACAAUGAGCUCUUGAAGCCGUGGGUAAGCAAGAGGAGUCGAGUGCCGGUGCCCAUAGAGCUGAUAGCGAUCGUCGUCGGCACCUUGGCUUCUACUUUCGGCCACCUGAAGGAGAACUAUGGGAUAUCUCUCGUUGGAACUAUUCCUACAGGGUUGCCGGACGCAAACGUGCCACCCAUUGAACUGAUGCCGCAAAUUGCGCUGGACGCGUUCACCAUCACCAUGGUGACGUACACCAUCUCCAUGUCCAUGGCGCUCAUCUUCGCGGCCAAGGACAAGUACGAGAUAGACGCCAACCAGGAACUGCUUGCUUUGGGUGCUAGCAAUGUGUUCGGCUCAUUCUUCUGCUGCGCCCCACUCUGCGCCAGCUUGUCUCGCUCCUACAUACAAUACCAAGCUGGCAGCAAAACCGGUAUAACAUCAACAGUGAGCGCAGUGCUGAUCCUGUGCGUGCUGCUGUGGGUGGGCCCGUUCUUCGAGCAGCUGCCGCGCUGCGUGCUCGCGUCCAUCAUCGUGGUGUCGCUCAAGGGCAUGUUCAUGCAAGUCAAGGAACUCAACAAGUUCUGGAAGCUGAGCAAGUUGGACGCUGUGGUAUGGCUCGUGACCUUCUUGGUGACUAUGCUGGUCAACAUAGAUAUUGGACUCGGAGCUGGAUUGCUGGCCAGUGUCGGCGCGCUGUUCUGUCGCUCACAGAAACCGUACACCUGCCUUCUGGGCCGAGUCCUCGAUACGGACCUCUAUUUGGAUAUCAAAAGAUAUCGUGCCGCAGAAGAAAUCCCCGGCAUCAAGAUAUUCCACUACUGCGGCGGCCUGAACUUCGCCAGUAAGAACCUGUUCCGAGCAACCCUGUUCCGCAGGAUCGGCUACCUGAAGAAGCGAGACCAGAACAGAGAUGACGACAGCAAUUACAGCAAGAGCGACUUCGAGUGGGACUCCACUAUUGGGAAAAGGGUAAACUGCGUAAUAAUAGACGCGACGGCGCUGUCGUACGUGGACGCGCCGGGGAUCAAGAGCUUAGUGGCAGCGCAGAGAGAGCUGGUAGCUAGCAACAUCACAGUGUUGUUGGCUGGAGCCAAUGGCCCGGUGUUGGAGAUGAUAGAGCGCUACAACUCGCUAGAGUCGGACUCCGAAAGACUCCAAUUAGACACCUUCCCUACUGUGCAUGACGCUGUGGUCUACUACAAGAUGCUGGAGCAGACCAAGGAGCCCGCCAUCACCAUCGCCUCGUGAUACCAGCGGAUAGUACAAUUUGUUGAUCUGUACAAGUCAUUAUUAUCAGCCUAUUGUAACAGGCCUUACAGGGCCAAGCCUGCCUCCUUAUAAGAGAGGAGAAAUUGCAGGUUUAGACUCAACACGCUGCUAUAAAUUAUACUUUGAAUAACCUCGUGAUUGACACAAGUUGGGAGGAGGGUAGUUUACCAAAACUUGUUACUAACGAGAUAUUUUUUUUACUGUUGCUUAAUUAAUAGUUAUACAACUUAACAGCCACAAUGUCCUGCAAAUUGCGUGGUACAUUGUCUCGUUCCGACGCUCUGUAAUUUUUUUAUUGGAAUUAAUGGAAAAACCCAGUUAGUAUCCUGUAUCAAGAAUUUCCAUAAAUAAAAAGGAUGAUUGUCUCAUCGAGAUGAAACUACUCACGAAAAAUUAACUUUAUAGUAAUCAGUUGUACGGAUAUAAUUAUAAUUAAUGCAGAGUAAUGGGUAAAAUGCAUCAAAAUUCAGUAUUUUAAAGAAUUUUAUACUUGACCACGUGGGUUUCGAUUUCGAUUUCGGUUUCGGCCGAUAUAAAUAAAUUAACCACUGGGCCAAAGAGGCAGCAGAUAGUACAAUAAAUUUAUUAAUAAUAGAUACAAGUAAGAUAAGUAAAUAAAUGUAUUUAGUAGUUGUAGAGCACUGUGAGAGGAUUCGUAUAGGGAAGUACUACAGCUGUUUAGCAGUUCAUAUUUUAGAUAUUAUACCUAUUAUUAUUUUCUGGUGCUAUUUUAUUUAUACAAGACGAGCUGAUUUGUAUAAAUAAGGUUGACGUCGAGAAGUUGUUUGCCUGUCUGUUACAUUAAUACAUUGAAUUGCAUGAUUUACUUUUAGUAGAAUACAAAGAUAUUAUACUAUUAGAUAUGUCACUUGCGCGUCCAAAUUGAGACUAACCGAGUGCCUAAUUGUCUUAAUUUCGCAUAGUGUUAUAGUCGCAUAGUGUUUACUAUGAGGCUAAAUUACGAAAGUUAAUUAAGCAAAUGAUACCUAAAUAUUGUUUACAAUGUCCAGUUAUGUGUUCAGAAUUUGUAAAACUUUACAUAACUAUAUAGGUGUGUAAUGUAAGUAAACACAAAAUUGUGCGCUCAGUGGAGUCGCUAAAUUCGUAUCACUUUUUGCAGUGAUUUUGUAGGCACGUAACAUAAUAUAUUAUGUUAUUAUGUAUGUAUAAAAUCGUUGCGUUAGUAGGCAUUAUUGAUUAAGUUAAUUAAGUUAAGUAUUUUAAUUUAUUAUUACCAUUCGUAUUUUUAUAGUAAUUAGUAUAGUCAAAAUUUCGAAUUGUGUUUCACACCGACCAGAUACAUUAUAUCGAAUUAAUUAUUCUCGAAUCAAUUCAACUAUAUAUUCGAAUAAUGAUUUCGAAAUAUUCGACAAUAAGAAAAUAUUAAUAAUAUGCACAUAGCCUUUAAUUUUGAAGAACAUAAUAUUUAUAGUACAUAAUUAAAAUACUUGUUUUUAAUAUUUUUGGUUUAACUGUCUUAAAACAGUCCGGUUCGAUUUUGCUAUGCAUUUUCUUAGUUCUUGGACUUUUUAGGACUAUCUUUUAUAGGAAUAAAUAGUCUGUCAAUAUUAUUCCACUUCCAACUAAUUUACUAACUUUGACAUAUGUUAGUGAACUUAUACGAAAUUACUUAUAUUCGGAGAAACUGACAAAAUUUACAAUAUUUUUUACCGGACGCCCCCCGUGAAACUCGAUGUAAACUUUCAACUACCUCUACCCUACCACUAACCUACCCCUACCCUACCCUUUUUUUUUUUUUUGCGCUGGGAAAUGCAUUUACGCAUCCCUACUCCAGAGGUUAUGUGGGACUCGCCGAAACUUCAGAAUACCCACUAAAACCCAGCGGAUCCGGCUUCGUCCUUUGGUGACAUCACAGGAUCAUUUAGCACAUUCUACUGUGAUGUCCCGACGUUUGUCUCUAUGCGUCGCCGCCUACCCUGUUCGCCCUACAUUAAGGUGGGAGAAGGUGCGCCGGCGCCUCCUUCUACCCUGCCUCCGCCUGCGUAUGAGGGGAGCAUCGGCAGCUUCUUCCCUCGCUCUCUCUUCAGCCUCUUUCAGACCUAUGACAGCCUCACAGAACGACAGCAUCACUGUCCAGCACGUUUCACUGCCUAUCAUGGCGUCAACUACGUCGGGCAACGAGACGGCUCUACCAAUAGUGGAUGAUAGUAUGUGCCUCUGCGGGCUCCAGGCUGCACAUUCAGCUAGUGUGUGAUGCGCUGUGUCUUCAGUGGCCCCACACUGAUGGCAUACCGGAGUCAAUUCUCGCCUCGCUGUCUGGUGCAGAUACUUGCCAAAGCAGCCGUGUACCCCUACCCUACCCCUACCCUACCCCUACCCUACCCUACCCUACCGUACCCCUACUCUACCCUUACCCUACCCCACCCUACCCCUACCCUACGUUGAAUUUUUUCCUGAAAGCUUCAGGAAGGAAAACCCGACUUUCAUUUUUAUUUAUUUUUUUUUUAAUUUUUUUUUUAUAAAAAGUAUCCUAUGUCCUUCUCCUGGCUCUAAACUACCUCCUUGCCAAUUUUCAGCUAAAUCGGUUCAGCCGUUCUUGAGUUAUAAGUGGAGUAACUAACACGACUUUCUUUUAUAUACAUAGAUUUACGUUAUUAAUUUAUGUACUUACAACAAAUUUUUAGUUUUUAUAUUCUCAUAAACAGACUUUUAUUAACAUGUUUUUAGCUAUUAUAUGGAUAAUAUAUGAAUGAUAUCUGCAAACUUAUCGAAUACAAACUUCGAAUAGGCAAUUACAAAAUUAACUAUAUCAAUCUUUUCUGAUUGAAAUGUGAUAUUAUACCAUACAAAAUAAUAUUUAAAAUAUUCUAUUUUAGUUAUAUUUAGAACAAUUUUUUGUGGCAUGUAGUUAUUGGUGAGGAUAGUGGAUAUUUUUUAAUUUACUAAAGUUUUUUAAAACCCUAAUAACAGAUAAGGUAAACAUUUAUUAAAACUUUUUCGAAAAAAGAACUUUAUUACCGUUUAUCUAUUUCGGUUUAGAAGAAACACUACAUUAGUUUAAAGUUUGAAAUUAAACGUACUUAACAAUACGCGAUUUCAUCAGUACUUUGGUUAUACAAAAACGUAUGGAUUCGCUCAAUAAUGUAUGGCCAAUGAGAUGUUAUUAUUGCCUCUAUAGUUUUAAGUCUUGUCUUAAGCGGUGACGAGACAAAAUAAUAACGAAAUGCGGGAAACAUUUUUUUAUGCUUCACCCUAAACACGAAUAUUAUUUGUAUAAAAGUGUUUUUUUUUCACACCAGUAAAUUCUAAAAGAUUGAGUAUGAACUUUAGCACAGUUUAAAAAAAUAUUGAUUUUCAUGUCGAAAAUACGUUUUAUGAGGUUCAUGGAGUGCGACGUUAAAAAUAUCAUUAUUCUUUGUUUACAUAUUUUAGCGCUGAAGGUAUUUUGGCAAACUUUGGCGUCACGACUUCUUGUCGUGAGUUGAAAUAAAUUGGCAAAGGAGCACCUUAGAGUUUCUACAAAAUACGAAUGGCAUCUCUAGGUGUGUGUUGUAACAUCUCAUUGAUUAUACAAUAGGUUUAUGAUACAUGUAUACUUAUAAGUUAUAAUGUAUAAUAUCGUUGUGAUGUUUUGUACCUUAUGUAAUGAAACAUUUGUACUUAUUUGUAUAAUGUUAAUAAAAGAAUAUUUUAUUACAAA